AUGAUUCCGGGCUCCCUGUCCGGGGACGCUGUGAGUGGGUUCCCUCACCACCUCCCCUGGCCCGCCCUGGAAACCUCCAUCUCCUCCGCCUUCAACUCCCUGGCAACGGUUACAUUGGAAGACCUCAUCAGACCACCCUACCCAGCGAUGACGGAAGCCAGAGUGACGCUCCUGUCUAAAGGCCUCGGUAGCGUUGAAGAUCUUCGGCAUGGUGGGCGGGCCGUUGCUGGGCGUGUUCUCCCUGGGGAUGUUCUUCCCCCGGGCCAACUCCACAGUCCAAUGAAAGAGGAGGACGUGUUCCCGGGCACUGUGUACCCCCUGCUGGGGAAUCUGUUGUUCUUCUUGCCUGAUCGCUACAAGAAGAAGCUGUGUUGUACGGGACAGAGCACGCACGCGGAGGACAGGAACGGAAACACCUUCUCGUCGGACAAAGGAGCCACGGAGGCAGAGACCAAGGUGCUGCUCCACACCUCGACCCCCCUUCUUUAA